CAUCGAUCGAAAUCUCAUCUCUGUCCCACAUCAUGUCAUGGUCCACUCUUUCUCCUUAUACACUUUGCCUCGUCUCGUAGGGUCAGAUCCAAUCAUCAGAAACAUGGCCGACAUAAGCUCGCAACUUUCGCUUCCUCACUCCAAAAAGAUCGCAACAAACCGCUUGCUCAAGGCAGCGAUGACAGAACAUCUUUGCGCGUACAACGAGAUAGACAUGUCGCAAUCAGGUCGGCCUACGCCAGAAUUGAUUGAGCUGUACCGCGUUUGGGGAAAAGGCGUGCCGGGCAUCAUCGUCACAGGCAACAUCAUGAUCGACCGCGAGCAUCUUGAGCAUCGCACCAACGCGAUCAUCGAUGAUAGAUCAGACAAUUUUGUGCCGGACUACGCAAAGGUGGCCGAAGCAGCAAAAGCCAAUGGAUCACUCAUCAUCGGCCAGCUCUCACAUGUCGGUCGCCAGUGCAGCUCCGACAUACAAAAGCAUCCUGUUGCGGCUUCAGCUGUCCAGCUGCCGGCUAAUGCCAUGCAUUCUUACGAAAUGCCAACGGCGCUCGAGCAAGCGGGCAUCGAUAAGAUCAUCGGUCAAUUUGCUCACGCAGCCCAUGUUUUGUACAAGGCCGGUUUUGACGGCGUCCAACUUCACGCGGCGCACGGCUAUCUUCUGAGCGGUUUCCUGUCCAAUCGUACGAACAAGCGCCUCGACAAGUAUGGCGGCAGCUUGGAUAACCGUGCUCGCCUCCUGCUCGAGGUCAUCGCCGCCGUCAAGGAACGCAUCGGCGAUUCGGACUUCUCGAUCAGCGUCAAGCUCAAUUCGCAAGAUUUCGUAGACGAAGGGUUCACCGAGGCAGACUCAGCCGCCGUCUGUCAUAUGCUCGAUCAAGCACAAGUAGACUUUGUCGAAGUUAGCGGAGGGAGCUAUGAGAAAUCCGGCUUCAAUCACAGCCUACAGCGCGAGUCGACCAUCAAGAGAGAAGGCUAUUUCAUUGCGCUGUGCGAGCAGCUUCGGCCCCAAAUGCGCAACAUGCGGUGCGUCUUGUAUACUCGACAUAGCUCGACUGACGUACAAGUCAGACUUGUAUGCACAGGCGGCUUCCGAACGGUGGGUGCAAUGAACGCCGCUCUCGCAAGCGGCGCGCUCGAUAUGUGCGGCAUCGGGCGACCUCUCUGUGCCGAGCCUCUCCUGGUCGAUCAUAUGAUGAAAGGCCAGACGGAAGCAGCUAAGGCAAGCCUGCUGCCUAAUGUGCCUGGCCUGCCUAUCAUCGCCGGCACACUGCAGCUUCAGCAGAUUGGCAGAUGUCAGCCCAUCCUCGAUCUCUCGCAGCCUGCCCAUGUCGCUGGCUUCAUUACUAAGCUCAAGGCCAUGCAUGCAUCUUGAAGGAGUGUGGAAGACUGCAUUGCAUUACACAUCCUGACAUGCUCAGG